AUGGAUCCUGCCUAUACCACUUGGGUUUUCCAUGGUGAAAGUCCAAGUGAUGAUGUUCAAUAUGAAGAUGUGGAAAUGCCCGAGGCAAAUAGGUUGUACCAUGACUUUUAUUUCCAAGAUGAUGAAGUUGAGGGGUACCCUUGUGAAAGUAAAAAGGCAGAAAUUGAAAAUUUUAUUAGAGAAGUUGAAACUCCUUUAUUUCUUGGUUGUACUAAGUAUACAAAGAUGUCAGCAAUUGUAGCUUUAUUGAAGUAUAAAGCAACAAAUAGUCUAACAGAUAGUGCUUUUGAUGAAAUGCUUCAAAUUUUUGGUGAUAUGCUACCAGAAAAUAACACACUUCCUGGUUCAUUAUAUUCAACCAAAAAGAUAUUUAAGGCAUUUGAACUUGGAUAUGAGAAGAUACAUGCAUGCGUGAAUGAUUGUUGUCUAUUUAGACAUGAUCUUGAGAUGGUGGAGGAAUGUCCUAAAUGUGGUUCUUCGAGAUGGAAAGUAAAUCAACGCAAUUCUAAAAUUGAAAAGGGAGUCCCUGCAAAAGUAUUGCGUUACUUUCCAAUAAUACCGCGAUUGAGGAGGAUGUAUGCAAUAACUGAGACAGCUGAACAUUUAAGGUGGCACUCAACACAUAAAAGUCAAGAUGGUAAGAUGAGACAUCCCGUUGAUUCUUUGGCAUGGGAUAGGAUAAACAAGAAGUGGCCUUCUUUUGAAUCAGACCCUCGGAAUAUUAGAUUUGGCCUUUCUACGGAUGGUUUUAACCCUUUUCAAGAUCUUAGCUCUAGAUAUAGUUGCUGGCCAGUUGUUUUGGUUACAUAUAAUUUGCCUCCUUGGUUAUGCAUGUCUAAGGAGAGUUUGAUGUUGACUUUACUAAUCCCAGGUCCAAAACAGCCAGGUAAUGACAUUGACAUUUAUUUGGCACCACUUAUAGAUGAUUUAAAAGAUCUAUGGAAUAAUGGGGUGAAGGUGUAUGAUGCAUUUAGUAAAGAGACGUUCAACCUAAAAGCUGUGUUGAUGUGGACAGUAAAUGACUUUCCAGCUUAUGGAAACCUAUCCGGAUGGUCUACCAAAGGAAGAUUUGCAUGUCCAAUUUGUCGUAAAGACACAUGUGCUGAUUGGUUGACACAUAGUCAUAAAUUCUCAUACAUGGGUCAUAGAAGAUUUCUUGCUCCGAAUCAUCCAUAUCGCAAGAAAAUGAGUUGGUUUAAUGGACAUCAUGAAGAUAGGAGUAGACCAAAGAUUUCUACAGAAUCUACUUCUACGUCAUAA